GCAACGGCAGGGUCGCUCGGUCAACAAGGCUGACUCGAGUGGACACCAAUCACUCUCUUUCCUCUGCCAGUAUAUCACGUGCUGUCUGCGCCGUGACAAUUGUCUCGAGCAAUCAUUUAUGUUCCCCUGUCCUCCGUCAGUUCACAGCACUGUCGCUCCUUGAUUCAUUUGGACUUGCUUUUGGUCAAUUUCGAGAAUCCGCAAUGAAGCUUACAGAUAUUGAUUUAACGGAGAUCAUCUUCCAGAAGCGGCUUGCAAAACGGGACUAUUGUGUUGUUUUCUUGGUGGUAAUCAGAGGCGUGGACUGUGUUAUGAAAGUGCACCAUGGUCAAGGGCCUAAACAGCCGUGGGACCCAGAGAGCCGUGAAACGAGUCUAUUUAUCUGUGAAUCAACCGCAUAUCGACGCUUGACACACGCUGGAGUCUGUGCCCAGGGUAUAACUCCUCGGUUUCAUGGGACGAUUGAAGAUAUUGAUCCGAGACAAUGCCUACCCCAUCUUAAGGCAUUUCUCAAGGACGAAUAUCGACCCACGGCCAUUCUCUUAGAGUACAUUCCCAACAUGAAGGAGCUGGAUUGGACCGAGUAUAAUCGAAGAAGGAUGCGGAAUUUCGUUAAUGGGCUGGAUGCCAUCCAUAAUGCGCUAGUCUUUCACAAUGACGUUCACCCCAGGAAUAUGAUGGUGGUGGAGGGGGAUCCAGGAAGGGCAAUCUGGAUAGAUUUUGAUCGGGCGCAGACUUUUAAUGGAGAGCUUACAGAAAGGCAAAAAGAAUUGAUUGCAUCUGAGAACGAGAUUAUGGCUGAGAUGGCUGAUUUUAUGGAACAUGACUUUAACAAGGGUGAACUUGAUAAAACGCGGCAGUACUAUCGGUGACUAAGAACCUGUGAAUGAUGAAGUAAAUAACUUGGUCUGGGGGGUUUCUUUAAAAGAAAUGCUCUCAACUUGAUAGAGGAAACCCGGAAAGAUACACCAAAAAAAUAGACACAACAAAGAUGUCAAAGAUAUUGGGAAUGACUGCGUGUGCAAUCAGUUCACUGAUUUGUUGCUAGUUCGCGAAGGACAUCUCUUGAGUCUGUUAAAAUCCAACUUCGUAUAUAAUAAGGAACUGUAUAGGCGUAGGCUCAGGACUAACUAAUGUCCUCGUCUCAUGACGGCCAUGAACAAAGGAUUAAAAGAUGGUUUGAUUUUCCAGAAUUAAAGGUCCAAAGCAUUUUCCUGCCCCUUCCUCAAGACACUAGGGUUUCAAGUUCUCAGUCCAUUCUUCAUAAUAUCUUCUCCAUUUUAUUACCAUGGUCAUGGCUUCAGUGUCAUUUGACAUAUCUUCCAUCCACAAUUCACUUUCAUUCAAUCUGCCUAGAAUCUUCGGGGCCAACGCGAUACUAAGCUCCCUCACCCUCCCCAACUACUGAAAAGCAUCUAAGUACAAGGGUAAGAAGUUGCGGAUAAGUUCAAUACUUCCGGGGCGCUUGCACCAAAAUCACAACGAAUUGAGACAAAAAUGGAGUUUGAUGAGGUUGGAACCACGAAGAUGUGAUGCAACCAGCUGAAUAUUUUCAAGGAUGAGCCCAUGUCAUCCCGAAUUAUCAACAGAUAUAUCCAGUUUAACAGUAAAUUGUUUAAACCUUUGCCAGGAACCAGUUUGAAUUGAGUGGCAUUUUCUUCCCAAGAUGUACACAUUCUUGCCAGACAGGAAGAUAUUGCAGAUGAGUUUUUGGUAGAGGAUAUCAGUUGCAUCCUCAAAAAUCCGGCUAUUCAGACGCGCCACUUUCAGAAAGCUGUAAUUUGUGUAAAAAAUCGCAUAGCUGCUCUGAUAUUCGUCAAGAUGAGAAAAUAUGGAGAUGUUGGUGGCAUGGUGGGUUCUGAAUUGGAAUCAUUCUGGGAAGAUAUGACUCUGACUUGUAGAGGAUGAAAAGUGUCUAAUGAAACAGCCUAGGAAGAUGUACGCCCAGUCUAGUGAAUAUAUCUGGGUUGAAGUGAAGGUUGCAUAUAAAUCGCGUUGAUGGGAGCCCAUGCACACAUAAAUCAGAGGGACGGGGAAAUGAGGAAGAAAAGGAUGAUAGAAGAAAAAAAUGGUGCGUAUGCCUGUUUCUCCGGUCUUGGAGGGUAAAAUAAGCAGGAAAACUAGCAUGAUAACACAUCAACCUCUUUGAAGUUUGCCUUUCAUUGAUGCCAUCUUUGCCUGUGAAUCUUGCCGUCUCCAAAAGACUGCUGUCGCUUCUUGUUUGGGGAGAGGCCUUGGAGUGGUGGCCUGAGAUUGAGGGCCAGGAGGUGAGAGCACUCAAGGUCGACCAGCAUCGCCCGCUGCCGCUCGCGGUUCCACAAGAUGUUCAGCUUGUGAAUGUUGUUGUGUUCCACCCCCUCCUGGCGGAUCUCUUUCACUGAACGGCGGAUCUCUCUGUUUAGGUCUGGG